AUGGAGUUGACAUCGAUGCUCUCCGCCACGAAGGGCGAUAAACUGAAAGACUCGUCACAAUGGCGAGCAUGGCAUAAAAGGAUGAAGGCAUUCGCAAUUUAUCGGGAUAUCUGGGACCUUUGCAACCCCGAUGCCGAUAAAGCCUCUCGUCCGAAGGUUCUGCGAGAACCACGGCAGCCUGAGUAUCCGCUAGACUCGGAUUCGGAGGCUAAAAAAGAGUGGAGAGACCUCUUGGAGGUCUACAAAAUUGACACUAACCGCUAUGAACGGCAGCGGAAGGGUCUGAAUGAGGUGAAUGAAUUCAUCAUCACCUACGUAGAUAGCAGUCUCCGCGACCCUAUCUUCGCAUUGGAAACUCCGUACGAACGGCUAGUCUAUUUACAGACUAGGUUCGCGCGCUCGGAGUCAUAUAAGGAGGAAGUUCGGAUGCAAUGGAGAGCCUUCUCGACCCAAAAACCGACUGGAGAUAUCGAGAAAUGGCUUGCGUCAUGGGCUGAGCUCCGAGAGCAAGUGGCAGAACUACAGCUUCAUGAAGCUAGAAGCGCGAAUCAUGACUUCUUGCAAGCAGUCAAGGAGGUCUUACCAAUCUGGUGGCAAGCUAAAUAUCAAGAGAUCGUGAUGAAUGGAGCCUCGUACGAUACUCUGAAUCUAAUCGAAUCAUUCAGAGCAACGUAUCGGGAGAUUGGCCAGUCCGAUUUAUCACCGUCGCCGUUGCCAAGGGGGUCUUUCUCCACUUUGAAGGGUCAUCAGGAAGCGGAGAAUAGCUUCCAACAAGCGGACCAGGACCAGGAAGCGGAGAAUAGCUUCCAGGUCCCAUUUGAAGAAAGACCAUGCCCUUGCGGACGGGGAAAACAUCACGAUCCAGUCAACUGCUUUGUUAUAAAUGAAGCAAUUAGACCCAACUGGUUCAGACUGCAUAAGGAGAACCUACAGAGAGCAGAGAAUGCUCUCUCGGCCGAUCCAGCAUGGAGGAAAUGGAUCCAUGAAGCUAUUGAAGAGACCGCAGAACCGUCAGCAAAUGCGGUCCAAUUGGCCUAUAGCAUGUCAUCUUCGAUAAGCUUCUAG